UCUCUCUAGCUGGAGAGCUUGUCCCCUUGGUGUUUUAAAAAAUUUUAAAUUUUCCAAACUUCAAAACUGUACGGAGCGUUAAAACCAAGCCCGCCUAGUUUUUGCCAAAUUUUGAAUCUUUCCCUUUUCAAACUAGCAUCAAAUUCAUGAGCAAAUAUGCAUAUUCAUAGAUGUGACUGUAUAGAUUUCAGUGAUGAACUAAUCUUAGCUAAUGAUAGUAGAUAGGAGCUUCUACUUGGAGUUUUGCUAGUUUCCCAGCUCAGAAUCUGUUCUCGUCCUCAUAGCUUCAAAAUCGUGAGCAGAUACACAUCCCGUAGAUCAACUUCUUCAGUUUUCUAAUUAGAUUGAGUUAAUCUGGAGCAUUCAGUGUCUUGAGCUAAUCUGGAGCAUUUAUUAAAAAAAAAAUAGUUUACUUCUUUGACGUAUCCUUUUUUAGCUUCUUUUGUAGAUUCUAGUUUCGUACUAUUACUUUAGAUAGCUGCUUCCCCUAGUUUCCUUUGUUUCUGCUGUUGUUUUUGGUUUUUUGUUUUUUGCAGGUUUAAGGGCCGGAGAUCCAUGGGGUGAAAGGUUGGCAGGUGGAAUACAAAGUAAAGCUGGUUCAAAUGGCUGAUGAGAUAGAGGAGGUGCUGCGGAAGUUUGUUCUUUCAGAGAAGAAGGCAGGGGAUAUUUAGAUAAAUGGGAAGGAUGUGGUUUAUGGGCUGGCAGAAUGUAAGCUUAGCAUUAUUGGGAGGUUGUAGGAGAAAAAACAAUGAAUAUUGCAGUUCAGGGAGCUGCUCAAGAAUCAAAAUUUACUGAAAGUGCGGGAAAGGCCAUUGGAAACCAACAGUCAUCUGUUCCUUUGCUUAACCAAUACAAGAGAUGGCUUCUAAUGGCCUUAUUUGCCCUUCUUGUGCUCUUUGGCCAGUCAGCUGCUACACUCCUGGGAAGGUUGUAUUAUGUAAAGGGUGGAAAUAGCAAAUGGUUAUCGGCAUUUUUACAAGUUGCUGGAUUUCCAAUCCUCCUGCCAUUCCUAUAUAACACAAAAAACAGAAAAAACAACUCAACUGAACAAACAAAGCCACCAUCUCCUAUAGUCCUCGGAUCAAUAUAUAUGGUUCUUGGCACUUUGCUAGCAGCCGUAGGGAUGUUAUGUUCAGUAGGCCUCUUAUAUCUUCCUGUAUCCACUUUUUCGCUCAUCAAUGCAACUCAGUUAGGCUUCAAUGCUUUGUUUUCCUUCUUUCUCAAUUCGCAAAAGUUCACUCCUUUCAUUGUCAACUCAUUGGUACUUCUGACCACUUCCUCUGCCCUCCUUGUGCUUCAAAAUGAUGACUCCUCAGGCUUCUCAAAAUCCUCCAAAGGGAAGUAUAUUAUAGGAUUCAUAUGUACCCUAUUAGCAGCAGCACUUUCCUCAUUGAUACUAUCUCUAACACAAUUUGCAAUCAACAAGAUUCUGAAAAGGCAAAGAGUUAAGGAGCUUUUCGAUUUCUUGAUUUACGAAUCGCUUGUAGCAAGUUGUAUCCUGUUGAUCGGCCUUUUCGCUAGUGGAGAGUGGAAGACCCUUACAGCAGAGAUGAACAAAUUUGCACUAGGCAAGACAUCCUAUACAAUGACUUUGAUGUGGAUAGCAGUGUGCUGGCAAAUUUUCUCCAUUGGGAUAGUGGGGUUGAUUUUGAAGGUCUCUUCACUCUUUGCUAAUGUCAUCAGUACACUGGGGUUGCCAAUUGUACCAAUUUUAGCUGUAUUCAUGUUCAAGGACAAGAUGAGCGGAGUAAAGGCAGUAGCGAUAUUGCUUGCCAUAUGGGGAUUCAUAUCCUACAUUUAUCAGCAUUAUCUUGAUGAUUUGGAGUCCAAGUCCAGAAAAAAAGAUGUCAGUAGCAAUGAGAUUUCCCUCAUUCAGAACUAACUUAAGCGUUGUCUGUGCACUCUACAAUAGACCUAUCUUCUUCAUUUGUUCUUUACAUGUUGGAAAUUCUCGACUUCUACAGUGAAGUUAGGCCAAGAUAAGUCCUCCUAUACUAAUAAGAAGUGGAUGAUAAUUGUGGAAC